AUGGCACGAGGAACCUCGAUAGUCAUUAUGUGCGUGGUGCUGAUUUGCGGCGUCGUUGGCACCCGCGCUGUAGCAGAUACAACAGCAGCAGCAGACGUUCGCGCGGCGCGCGGCUUGCGGAGCUUCAGCCUCUUCUCAAGCAGCAACAGCAGUAAAAAAGCGUGCGUCAAGCCAAAACCAACAUUGAUUCUCAUAUCCGGCCUGGGCGGCUCCCAGAUGGUGGGGACCUUCGAGGGGAACGCGGAGUGCAAGGCUAUGUUGAAUACCACCGUCGUGUGGUAUGCCGACCGCUGGUAUUGGGAUAAGCAGCUGCCCUGCUGGGGCUACCUCCUGAGCCUCAACUACAACGCCACCACCAAGAGCUGGUCCAACAGCACGGGCACCAAGCUGUGGCCCGACGACGGGAAGUUUCUGGGCGACGUCCCAGACGGCUCGAAGCAGCGGCUCUUUUACUGGUUCCUGAACAAGCACCUGGCCAGCACCCACGGCUAUACUAUCGGUAAGGACCUGUUCCUGAUCCCCUACGACUGGAGGACCGGCAUCCAGGGCCUCGAGCAGCGCGGCGGCAUCGAGGGCAUCACCCGGCGCAUCUCGGAGGCGGUCAAGCGCAACUGCGGCCAGAAGGCGAUCGUGAUCGCCCACUCGUACGGCGCCAACGUCAUGGCCACCAUUUUCCAGAAGCCCGAGCUUCAAAAGUGGAGGCAGGACACAGUAAAGGCGACAAUCUACGUCGGCGCCCCCUUCGGCGGCUGCGCGGCGACCACCUGGCUCAACCAGCUGUCGGGCGACUUUUUCAAGUUGCUGCCCGUCCUUACAAACCUCAUGCCUGCCAGCCUGACCGGCAAGUUCCACCCGACGGUGGUGGGCACCUCUGUCUACAGGAUGGCGUUUGGGCUGCCGACCUGGGGGUGGAUGCUGCCAAGGCCGAGUGUGCUUGGGAAAGACCACGUGGUAGUGGUCACCCCCACCAAAAAUUACACCGUGGAGCAGCAGAAGCAGCUGCUGCUGGACAUGGGGGACGAGGGAGGGGCAUCCCUGCUGGAUGACUCAUGGGCGCGGUCGGAGGCACUCUUGAAGCGCGGCCCAGUGGCCGGGCUUGAGACUUUCUGCCUUUACGGCACCGGCGUCCCAACAUCCACGACGCUGGUGUUCAACGAGAGUAUCCCAAAGCGCGCCGUCAUCAACCGGCCGUUCAGCGUGAAGAAUGUCGACGGGGACGGGGUGGUCGACCUGACAAGCUUGAGGCUCUGCAGCAAGCUGGCUCCUAAGGCCAAUAUUGCUGAGGUGUCCUCGACCUAUGUCGACCAUGCCACCAUCCUGGCCCACCCCAUGGGUUUGGAGCGCCUGAGUGAAAUACUAGUCAAACUUGGGGCGGGCUACUCGUCGACUUGGAACAAGCUGCUGACUCACGCGGCAGCAUGGGCGACCCCCUGA